AUGCGGUGGCCGGUGGCGUCACCAGAGGAAGACGCGCCGGGAGGAAGUAGAUCUUGGGAGCUCGCCUGCAAGAGGAAGACGCGCCGAGGAAAUACGUCACCAGAGGAAGACGCGACGAGAGAAAGAGUUGCUCGAUCAAGACCUUGUGAUGAGGCGAAGAAGACUAGGGAUCGAGGAUGGGUCUUGGGAGCUCGCCUGCAAAAUCCCUAA